ACUUCGCGCUGGGAACCCCUGAUGGGCCGCAUCAUGAUUUACUCCAAAGUGCUAUUCGUUUCACAUCCGAACCCCUCUUUUGCCAAGUAACUCGGGCAAUAUGUGAGCUUUGAAUGUGAGCUCCGAAAGAAUUCAUUCAGGUCCAUGCGUAUAAAUACGCGACGAGUCUCGAAGGUAGCUCCCCAUCGCUCCUUCGAUUACUCUGAGGAUCUUUAUCGCUGCAUCGAACACUUGUUCCAAAUCUCUUUACUACUGCACACAAUGUCUGUCAAAGCCACAGAGACCCAGAUUGGGAUUUACAACAAUACCAAAUACAUGAUCUCUGCCCGCAUCACCAAUGACAACGCUGAUACGGGGGGUCUCGGAUUCUUUGAUAUUGAGCCAGGAAAGACCGAAUUGUGGAAGCGAGGCCACUGGCAAGUGGCCUUCGUGUUGAAGAGGUCGUACGAGCCAUCUGACAACCAGGCGGAGACUUUGGUUGUGAAGCCUGGAGAGAUCUACAACAUCAACGAUGACUAGAGGCAGUUGGAUCGUGGUGUACGCUGUGC